AUGGCUGUUUUGAACGGCAACACCGCUACGAUGCCUUCCACUUGGGUCCCUGCUGCACAUCCUUCAGUUGAUUCUAUUAGCGAUCAAGUCGAUGGCUGGUUUCUCCAGCAUUGGCCGUUCCUAGGCCUAAAAGCGAGGAAGAAGUUUGUGGCCGCAGGUUUCUCUCGCGUCACGUGCCUUUACUUCCCUCUUGCACGAGACGAUCGCAUUGCAUUUGCUUGCAAGCUUCUCACUAUUUUGUUCCUGAUCGAUGAUAUUCUCGAGGACAUGUCCUUCGAUGACGGCAAAGCAUACAACGAGAGGUUAAUGCCGAUCGCUAGGGGUGAUGUAAAGCCAGACCCCUCCAUCCCCGUAGAAUGGAUGUUCGACGACAUCUGGGCCGGCAUGCGCGCCCAGGACAUUGCCCUCGCCAACAACGUCCUCGAGCCCUGCUUCGUCUUCAUGCGCGCCCAAACUGAUAAAUCCCGCAAAUCCAUCAAUGAGUUCGGCGACUACAUGAACUACCGCGAGCGAGAUGUGGGCAGCGCCCUCCUCUACUCCCUCAUGCGAUUCGCUAUGGGUCUGCACCUCGAGCCCGAGAAGCUCGCGCCCGAGGAGCUCCAGACAAUGAAGCAAGUCGAACAAAACUGCGCCAAGCACCUCGCCAUCGUUAACGACAUCUACAGCUGGGAGAAAGAACUUGCCCAAAGCGAAAAGUCGGUUCAGGAGGGCUCAGUGCUGUGCUCUGCCGUCAAGGUGAUGGCGGACAAUGCCGGCCUGAGCGUGGAUGCUGCGAAGCGAGUGUUGUGGAGUAUGGUGCGCGAGUGGGAGAACAAGCAUGAGAUGCUGUGUGCGAAAUCGUAUGUGCAGGAUCCCGAUGACCCAAAGAGCUUGUAUCUGCAGGGGCUGAAGUAUCAAAUGUGCGGCAAUGAGCUGUGGAGUCGGACGACCCCGAGGUACUUGGUGGUGGAUUAG